AUGUUUUCCAAAAAGACAUGGCGACAGCCUGUUUCUCUUCAGGUGGAUCAGAGUGUGUCCACGGCCGAUUUCGGGGACUUGAUUGAGUUUGUGAACCCACUGCUGGGUUUGUCUCUUUGGGGGGUUUACGUUGGUGAAGGCUGGGUUAUCCAUUUUGGAGUGGGAGACGAGAACAUGACACAAAAAGCCUGCCGCAGCUUCCUUCAGCAGAUGGUUUCAAAGUCGAGCGCUGACCGUGUUCUGAAGAAGACCAGAGUCUGCACGCAGCGCGUUGCAGAUAUCAAACUGCCUCCAGGAACUCGAAUCAGCGUCAACAACAACAAACACAACCUGGUUCCGUCAACACAGGAGAUGAUGAGGCAUCGCUCUGACACUUUUCUGCUGCAGGAGUUCAAAUACGACCUGAUGAACUUCAACAGUGAGCAUUUCGCCACAUUCCUCCGGUACGGCCACGCUGUGUGCAACCAGAUUCCCUUUAAGACCAAGAAUGAGGCGCAUGUGGACACAACUCAAACUCUGCAAAUGAUAAUGCAGCAAAGGAUGGAGACAAAAACUUGAGAU